UGCAGAAACCCAGGAAAUGCAGAUAAUUGUUUAUACUUUUCUAAUUUAAUCUACACAUAUUGGUCCACAUACGAAACACAGCUAGCUGGUGUCCACGCAGUCCUAUGUUGGCUAUUCAUUUUCCGCACAGCAAAGAGCUCACUGUCACUACAGUAGGCUAGAAUGAACUCCUCUGAGCGGUCUGUCCAAUGGCACUGCAACCCUAUGAUUCGUAAACAGUGACACUCACUGGCGAAUGGCUGUGCCUUAUCGGAGUCCGCUGUCACAUUGGGAGGUAAUUCCGUGGACUGUGGAGCUUGAGCAGCAGAAGCCAUGGCUGUCCUGAGCUUCGUCCGGUCAUCCCCGCUGUGAUCUGACCUCUCGCCCUCUCCCCCCCUAUCCCACACCUCCUCGCCUUCUUCUGGGAGCGUUUAUCGUCCCCUCCGGACACCUCCGUCUCCCACCCCCGGAGGCAGCGCCCCCCUGUGAGGAGGAGGAGGAAGGAACUGCAGCGGCCGCGGCGCCAAAACAGCGACGACAGCAGCAGCAGCAGCAGCAUGGCCGGGGAGAAGCAUGGCCGCCGGUCGCCCAUGGACAUCAAGCGUCUGGCGGGGCUGCUCCAGCGGGGCGCCGGCCGCCUGCUGGUCAUCGACAGCCGCACCUUCUCCGAGUACAACGCCUCGCACGUGCAGGGCGCCGUCAACGUCUGCUGCUCCAAGCUGGUCAAGCGCAGGCUGCAGCAGGACAAGGUGUCCGUCACCGAGCUGCUCCAGCCCAACGGCAAGGUCAAGGUGGAGUUGGGCAGGAAACAGGAUGUGGUGGUCUAUGACCAGGGGACACGGGAUGCCAGUCAGCUCUCUAAGGAAGGCUUCGUCAACAUUCUGCUGAGCAAACUGGACGGCUCCUUCCACCGGGUCUCUCUGCUGACCGGUGGCUUCGCGGCGUUCUCCUCCUGCUUCCCGGGCCUGUGCGAGGGCAAGCCGGCGGUGUCCCUGCCCAUGAGCCUGUCGCAGCCCUGCCUGCCCGUGGCCAACGUGGGUCCCACCCGCAUCCUGCCCCACCUCUACCUGGGCUCCCAGAAGGACGUCCUCAACAAGGAGCUGAUGGCUCAGCAUGGCAUCACGUAUGUGCUGAACGCCAGCAACACCUGCCCCAAGCCCGAGUUCAUCUUGGAGAGCCACUUCAUGCGCAUUCCCGUCAACGACAACUACUGCGAGAAGCUACUGCCGUGGCUGGACAAAACCAACGCGUUCAUCGACAAAGCCAAGGUCUCCAACUGCCGCGUUAUCGUGCAUUGUCUGGCUGGAAUCUCCAGGUCGGCCACCAUCGCCAUCGCUUACAUCAUGAAGACAAUGGGCUUGUCAUCAGAUGACGCAUACCGGUUUGUGAAGGACAGGAGACCCUCGAUCUCGCCCAACUUCAACUUCCUGGGCCAGCUGCUGGAGUUUGAGAAGAGCCUGAGGCUGCUCCAGACGCUGUCCUCUGCAGACCAGUCCACAUCGGCCCAGGACAGCUCGGGCCAGUCGGCGGGCGAGGACAAAGUCGCCCGCAGCGGCGAGGCCCAGACCAAAGAGACGACGGCGGAGGGGCCGGAGGCCCUGGAGUCCAAGCUGGGCUCGCCCGCGUCCCUCCAGCAGGGCUUCAACGGGCUCAACCUGUCGGCCGAGCGCAUCCUGGACACCAACCGGCUCAAGCGCUCCUUCUCGCUGGACAUCAAGUCCGUGUACGCGCCCAGCGCCAACGGGCCCGCUCGGCCGCCGCCCGCCCACUCCGACGACGUGCCCAAGCUCUGCAAGCUGGACAGCCCCGGCGCGCCCAACGGGGUGUGUGCCUACUCCCCGGCCUCCUCGGACAGCCCCGGGUCGGCGGGGUCGCCCAGCGUGGCGGUGGCGGCAGGAGGGGGUGCAGGGGUCAGCGGAGGAGCGGCGGAGGGCCGGACGCGCUCGCGGCGGAAGUCCAAGCACAGCGGCAGCAGCGUGGGCAGCUCGCCCGUACACGCCCUGGGUCUGGCCCGCGGGCAGCCCGUGCACAAGAGCCCCAGCCUGGACCUGAGCCUGCAGCAGCCGGGCCUGCUCCUGGGCCUGCCCCCUCUGGGCGCCGGCCCCAUGUGGACCAAGCACAGGGACACGGUGCAGGCCACCACGCCCGUCACCCCCGUCACGCCCACGGGCGACGUGCCCUGGUUCUACGCCGGCAUCGAUUCGUUAAACGGCGGCGUCGGCGUCGGUGGCGUGGGCAGCGUUGGCAGCGGCGGCACCAACGGCAGGGACUUUGGCAGCGGCUCGGCCUUCGCCGCGCUGGGCUGCGGCAGCCUGCCGAGCGGCUGCGACUCCACCUCCACGACCUCCUCGUCGACGGCCGCCUCCUCCUCGUCCGCGGCGUGUCUCCGCGAGAAACCGGGCGAGCUGCGCGACGCCAGGGCCGGCUGGCACGAAGACGCCACCUCUGCCAACGCCACCGCCGCCGCCGCCGGUUCCUCCAGCGCCUCCGACAAGCAGUUCAAGCGGCGGAGCUGCCAGAUGGAGUUCGAGGAGAGCAUCUCGGAGACGCGCUCCUGCGAGGAGCUGGGCAAGAUCGGCAAGCAGUCCAGCUUCUCCGGCAGCAUGGAGAUCAUCGAGGUGUCCUGACAGGCAAGGCAGACACAGCAGCCCACGAGGGCCUGAG